GAACAAUGUUAUCUGGUAGAAGGGACGUACUAUAUAACCAAGCGCUGCUGCAAGAACUUGUGUGGUGUGAGAAGCUGGAUUUGAUGGACGUAUAAUUAGACACGAUCUCAUCUACAUUUGUACACUACCAGAUCAAUAUUUCAUUUUUGAACUUUACUACUAUACCCAAUCUCUUUUUUUACACAUCCAUCACACAUCCAAAAUCAUGGCACCUUCAACACAAAAGCAGCUGGUCAUCACCGGCUCCACCAAGGCCUUUGACGACCUGAAGCUCGAGACCAGCGCCCCCGUUCCCAAGCCCGGCGAGAACGAGGUUCUGGUCAAGCUUCACGGCGCCUCGCUCAACUACCGCGACCUCAUCAUCCCCCGCGGCCAGUACCCAUUCCCGCUGGACCUGCCCGUGGUCGCCGGUUCCGACGGCGCCGGCGAGGUCAUCGAGGUUGGCAGCAAAGUCAAGGAGUUCAAGGUCGGCGACCGGGUCGUCACGCUCUUCAACCAGGGCCACCAGCACGGUGCCGUGACGCUCUCCUCGGCCGCCACCGGUCUCGGCGGCGUCCUCGACGGCACGCUGAGGCAGUACGGCGUGUUCGCCGAGACGGGCCUGGUCCGCGCGCCCGAGAACCUCGACUUUGUCGAGGCGGCAUCCCUCACCUGCGCGGGCCUGACCAGCUGGAACGCCCUGUACGGCUGCAAGCCCGUCAAGCCGGGCGACGUGGUGCUGGUGCAGGGCACGGGCGGCGUGUCGCUGUUUGCGCUGCAGUUCGCCAAGGCGGUCGGCUGCACCGUCAUCGCCACGUCGAGCUCGCAGGACAAGCUGGACAUGCUCAAGAAGCUGGGCGCGGACCACGUCAUCAACUACAACGAGGACAAGAACUGGGGCGAGACGGCCCGCAAGCUGACCAAGGGCGGCGAGGGCGUCGACAACAUCAUCGAGGUCGGUGGUCUCGGCACCUUUGAGCAGUCGCUCAAGGCCAUCAAGUACGAGGGUAUCAUCUCCGUCAUUGGAUUCCUGGGCGGUGCCGCCGGCGAGAAGAUGCCCAGCGUCAUUUCCAGCUUGAGCAGCAUCUGCACCAUCAGGGGAACCUACGUCGGUCCCAGGAGCAUGAUGGAGGACAUGGUUCGGGCCAUCGAGGUCAACAACAUCCACCCCGUCAUGGACAAGACCGUCUUCUCGCUCGACCAGAUCAAGGAGGCGUACGAGUACAUGUGGAACAAGAAGCACAUUGGCAAGAUGACCAUCAAGAUCGACUAAGGAGAAAUGAGCAGCGGAAAGAAAAUUUUGUACAUAGCCGUCAUGAAUUUAAUGAGGAAAAACAAUAGCGUCUUUGAAGCAAGGUCAAAA